AUGGUGAAUGUGGCUUCUCGCUGCGCUGCGGGAAGGUUUCCGUGGGGGCUGGCUGGGAGCCCCGUGCUCUGCAAGCGGGGCUGGGCUGCUCUCAACGGGCCCCUCUGGAGUCGGGCCCGCUCCUCCCCUGUUCCGCCUGAGGCUCUGGCCGCGCUCUUGCGCACAGGCCGCGCUUCGUCCCGGGGCCAGCUGCGGCAGCGGCAGCCCCGCCCAGGCCCCUGCGACCCGCCCAGCCUUGCUGGCGAGAGAGGCGCCGCCCGCCCUGCUCCUGCUGCUGCUUUGCUGCCCCUGCGCCUCGCCCUGCCCUGCCUUCAUGGCCAGCCUGCGGGCUCAGCCCAGCCGCCCGACGGAGCCGCUGCCGCCACGGUGGCCCCCCUCUCGGCAUCUCUGGGCCAGGAGCUAUCGCAAGCCAUGAAGCGCAUGGCCAUGGGGGUGGAGCAGGAGUACGCCUGGGACAUCUUCAGGAGCCUGAUGGAGCAGCCACGGUUCAGCUUCCAAGCGUCUGACCUGCCCCACGCCCUGACUGCAGAGGGGCGGGCACUCCUCGUCGACUGGCUGGUGAAGGUGCAUGAGUACCUGAAGCUGGCGGACGACACCCUCUACUUGGCCGUGUACCUCAUGAAUGCCUACCUGAAAAUGAGCAAGGUACGAGUGGCCACGCUCCAGCUCCUCAGCGUCACCUGCCUCUUCCUGGCCUGCAAGGUGGAGGAGACGUCCUGCCCCCAGCCCAGCCAGCUGUGCUUCAUGACCGAGGGCACCGUCUCCCCCAAGGAGCUCUUCUGCAUGGAGCGCAAGAUCUUGGCCCGCCUCCAGUUUGGGCUCCACUACGCCAACCCUGUGCCGCUGCUCCACCUGCUGGCCGCAGUGGGCCGGGCCAGCCCAGAGGAAAGGAAGGGGCUUUGGGAAGGGGCGGGCCCAGUGGUGGAAUCUGCUUCCUGGUUCCAUGGGCGUUUGGGGUGGGCCGCCUUCCCUCCCUGCAUGCUCACCGUCGCUCCUGGCACCUUGCCCACUUGGGGGGGGGGCUGGCUCAGAGGCGGGGAAGGGGGCUGCGCAGGCAGACCGCUGGCUUCUCUUUCCCACUGAGAGCUGCCUUCUUCCCUCCUUCCGCAGGUCCAGCACAUGGCCAUGUACUUCAUGGAGCUUUCCCUGAUGGAGGCAGAGGCGGUGGAUGUUGAGCCAGCUCUGCUCUCCAUCGCAGCCCUUGGCCUGGCACAGCGAGUCCUGGGCGACGGGGGCACCACAGGCUCACAGGAAGCUUCCCCCAGAUUCCACCUGUACAGUGCGUCAGAGCUGUCUGCCGUCUAUCCAUCUAUGGCCCGGGCCGCCAUGAGAGGCUCCAACUCUGCCCUCUGCGCCACCUUCCAGAAGUACUCCAGGCCUCAGAAGCUCUGCACCAGCACCAGUUCUGCUCUCACCAACUCCACCUACUUGAGACGCUUCCUGGGAAGCCCCACCCCAUGAACCAGGAUUGCUGGGGGGGGCUCCUGAGGAGGGGAGGGUCUUCCUGCGGAAAGCAACGCUUCAUGCACUGGUCUGGCAGGAGGGAACUCAAGGUGUCGGAGCCCCCCCUCUGCAGGGGUGCAGGAGGGGCUGAGGAUCCCAAGAACAGUCGUGGGUCUUCCAGCAGACCUUGGGGGGGGGUGUUGAAUAUGUUUCUGGGGUGGGGGGGAGGGCUGCUGCUGCCUCUUCCAGCUGCCGUUUCCGUGUGCCUUGGAGGUUCUGCCGACCUACAGGGCUGAUGUCUUGAAUGUUUACAGAGCCAGUUAAAAAGAAAAAAAGUGAGACUCUAAAAGUUUAUAAUAAAGUGUGUGUGCUUCCCCUUUUAA